AGGCACAUCAGCGGUUACACGAAGCAAUCGAGCGCAACGAGGGCUACCUGAAAGCGCACCUGGGAUAUCAUAUCCAAGGUAGCGAGGUGGGACCUUACACCGUGGUGAGCCACGAAGCCUUGGGUGUGGGCGUCUUCUCCGUGGUGUGGCCUUGUGCAGACAAGGACAACAAGUUGGUUGCCAUGAAAGUGAUCCGACACCAGGACCAUUUCCGAAAGUAUGCCAACAGAGAGGUUGAAGCACUGCAAAAAGCCGCCGGGCUCAGGGAUCAGGAUCCCGAGAGUGCUGCCCAUGUGGCCUUACUACGGGACAGCUUCGUUCACAAGGUGAGCAGCCCUCAAGGAGACCAAGAGUAUCUCUGCAUGUGCUUUGAGAAGUUGGAGUCCAAUCUGCGGAAGAUUGGGAAGCAGCCGCUGGAGAAAGUGCUGCAGUUUGGGAAGCAGAUCAUGCGCGCCUUGAGAUAUCUCCACGACGUGGUGCAAAUCGUGCAUUGCGAUGUGAAGCCCGACAAUCUCCUGCUGCGUUGGGAUGGUCUUGCCGUGAAGUUGAUGGACUUUGGCACAGCCAGGCCAUCUCCUGAGCUUCAGAGCCAGGACGAGCUGCAACCGCUCUUCUACCGAGCUCCUGAGGUCAUCUUGGGAUGCACACGGGGUCGAAAGAUUGACGUCUGGUCCGCAGCUUUCACCAUUUACGAGCUCACCGUUGGCAGGAUCUACCUCCGCAACUGCCAUACCCCACGAGAGGUGUUGGAAGAGAUCAUGCAGCUGCGUGGGCCUGUCACAAAAGAAAUGUUGCAGGGUCGCUUGGCAGCUGCAUAUUUCAACGCCAAAGGUUUCCACACGGAGAAACGCGAAGUCGUUGGGCUAGACAGCUUUACCAAGCGGUCGAUGUUUUCGGAGCUGGCCCCCUAUGCUGACUAUGGCAACGAAAGCAAGAAGACAGCAGAGGAGCAGGCAAGAGCUCAGCUGAGCCGCCUGAUUGGCGCUACCACGGUUGUUGGAGCUGCCAUGAAGCGAACAGGGCCAACGGCUGCAGAAAAGAAGCUGAAACAGUUGGCAGAGUUGUUGGACAGGUGCCUGGAAGUGGAUCCGCAGCAACGCCUUACAGCAGCCGAAGCCUGUGAGCUCGAGGUCUUCAAGGCUGUGGAGCUGCCCCCCAUGGUGGACUUGCAAGAGGCACCACCUUUGCCAGAAGAAGCACCACCGCCACUGCCACCAGAUGCACCUCCUGCGCGUGCCGAAUGAUGGCAGUGCCUAUAGCGUGGGAAAAA